AGUAGCGGUGUCUCUAUUAUCCAUUUUGGUUGAAGGGAGCUUACCUUACCUGAAGAUGGCUUCGGUGUCCUUUGCCGUGGGACUUUUACCUUACGCUUCAGUUCGAUUUCCCGUAUUGAGCAACGCCAACUCACUGAAACUCAGUUCCUCAGCUAGCAUCUCUACUCCAAUUCUUCAGCAAAAGCUCUGCUCUCUUCUUUCCCCCCUCCCUCUAAGCCCUCGCCCUCGCCCUCUCGCCAUUGUAUCCGCUAAGGGCUACAAAAUGAAAACCCACAAGGCAUCUGCAAAGCGGUUUAGGGUGACCGGACGAGGCAAAAUAGUGCGUAGGAGAGCUGGCAAGCAGCAUUUGCUCGUCAAGAAGAAUACCAAGCGCAAAUCCCGACUCUCCAAAAUGCACGCGGUCAGCAGGAGCGACUAUGACAACGUAAUUGGAGCCUUGCCAUAUCUGAAAGUAAACAGAAAUGCUACAUAGAUGUUCUGUUUGAAAAACUGAGUCAUAAGCCUAGCUGGGUUUAGUCUAGUGAUUUGUGACGUCUCAAAUCUGCUUUCAAAUGUUUACAGUUAGUUUUUGCUAAUUGAGAUAUCAGUACCUCAAGAUAAUGGUACACCUUCCUGUAUCAUGUAACAUUGGUAUUUAUUGACAUUAUUGUAUUGCAAGUUGUUUACCAUCUUCCAGUUUAUCUUUGCAAUUGAUUAGCAAGC